GUUAGGGCUAGUAGAAAAAAAGGUGAUUGAUUAAAACUCGUGGAAUUAAUAUCAUCAGCCAGUAAUUUGGUGCUCUGAUUUUUAGAAAGGGACAGGCACGGCGCUGGGAUACCUAAAAAAAUCCUGCUGUCAUUCGUCCCUUCCGCGUUGGCAAUUCCGCAGGUGCUGAUUUAUCCACGUCAGUUUUGCUUUUAUAAACACAGGGCUAACGACCACAGAUACAGCACACAUGCAAUAGUCGUUGGUCAAACGCCCCAUCAGACAUUCUUCUACGAGCUGUUGCAAACAUGUCAUUGCUUGAUUCGGAUGACAGCUAUGACUUCGUCUUCAAAAUAGUUUUAGUCGGCGAUGUCGGUGUCGGCAAAACUUGUGUAGUGCAACGAUUCAAGACUGGCAUCUUCAUCGAAAGACAGGGGAACACUAUUGGAGUGGACUUUACCAUGAAGACUCUGGAUAUUCAAGGAAAGCGUGUCAAGUUGCAGAUUUGGGACACGGCGGGCCAGGAGCGCUUCCGCACCAUCACCCAGAGCUACUACCGCAGCACCAACGGCGCCAUCAUCACCUACGACAUCACCAAGCGCGCCUCCUUCAUGUCCGUGCCCAAGUGGAUGGAGGACGUGAAGAAGUACGGCGGCUCCAACAUCGUCCCGCUGCUAGUCGGUAACAAAUGUGACCUGAGCGAGGUGCGGGAGGUGCCGUUCGAGGAGGCCCAGUCCAUGGCCCACCAGCUGGACUUCCUCAGUGCCAUCGAGACCUCCGCCAAGGACUCGACCAACGUGGAGGAGGCCUUCAUCAAGAUGGCCGCCGAGCUCAUCCUCAGGCACGGAGGCCCCAUGUUUAACGAGAACGUGACUGACAGCUUCAAGCUCAACAGCAAGGACGUGACCGCGGAGGGCUGGGGCUGCGGCUGCUGAUACCCCGAAGACACGCUCAGGCUCUUUAUACAUUUUUCAUCAUCCAACUGGAAAGUUUUUAUUAUUUGUUGUUUUUUUUCCUCUCCUUUUGCCAGUACAUUAUGGCACACCAUUCAUGCUCCCUAUGGGACACGUUUUUUUCUACUCUCCAAGGGACCAGUCUCAUAGUUGUCCAAUCUUUUUUUUAAUUCAACAAUGCAUACAUACAAUAGUUGUCGUCGUAAUGGCUGAUUGGUUUCGCCGUGCUCCCGGGAGGAAAAUCUCAACACCUUGGAAGAGCUCCAGACAAGGAGAGAAGAGUCUAGAUAACGAGACUGUGUGUGUGUGUGUGUGUGUGUGUGGAUGUAAAAUCUUCAGCCUCGGAGCACGAGCCCCAGACCUGUGCUGGCGGUUUGGCACGGAACGAAAAGGUCUUUUCAGAGGCCUCCUAAGCGAGUUUGAGUCACAUGUCUGGUAAUGGAGCAGCAGCUGCCCCGCUAAUGCAUUCACAUGUCCCUCUCUUAUUGAAUGUAGUGCCCCGUGCUCCUCCUAGCAGAGGGCGGCCGCAGCGUCUGCUGAUGGAUGCUGUGGAUAGAUAACAAGAUGUCUCGUUGAAUGGAUUUUUUUUGCCACUGAUAUUCUUUCAGUUGUUUUACUGCCUUUUUAAACAUAAAGAAACAAAAAAACAAAUAGUAGGUAACUAGUGUAGAAGGUUAUACAAUCAUGAUGAAGGUUAUAGAAUCAUGAUGGAAACGUGAAUAUUAGAGUACAACUAUGUUGUAAACAUGACAUUGGUCACGUCACAGUGGCAAAGUCCGACUGAGUAUACUUUUGCACACCUGUAGAACACAGUUGUGGUUAAAGUUUUUUUUUGUGGUCACUAUGGUACAGGUAGAUUAUGUAACACCCUCAUCACAAGCUUUCACAUGCACACUCCAGCAAAUCAGGACAAAAAGCUUUCUUUCUUUGACCAUAAAUCAUGUAGCUAAGGAAAAUGACAAGACGCAUUCAUGUGAAUUCAACAGUUCAAAGAUCCAUGCACAGUUUCUAGGUGGUGGUAAACGCAGGAGUGUUCGAUACUUCAAAAGAAAGAAGUUUACUGCAUACUUUCUUUACUUUAUGCUUAGUUAUUCAGAGCGAACUCGAGCAUAAAGUCAAGAAAGUAUGCGGUAAGCUUCUUUCUGUUGACACAUUCAUGUGAAUUUAUGUGACUGGCCUUAAAGUAGAGCAACUAGAAAGUCUGUCUAGUUGUUCAUUGAAAUGCCACAAACAAAAGUCUACAAUGACAAGCCUCAUUUUGAGGGUAAGCCUGGUUGUUGCCUGGGGGGUGGUGGUCGGGGUGGUCUGUUUUUUUGGGCCUCUAGUUGGUUGCCUCUGCUGUUGUGCACAGGAUAUGAUGUCACAAAAAGGCCCCACAUCUCCCUCAGCAGGAGGAGAGAAGCGGGCGCUUUACACUGUGGUAUUUUUGGAGGGGGGGGAAUCUCUUUUUUUUUUCUCUUUCCCAUGAGGUUAGGAGAAUCAGCUCGGUACCAGACAUCUGUCUACACAGAAAGAGCACUACUGUCCAGUUGCUUUUUCUUAAACCAAUGCUGUGAAGGUCCCUUGUUGGGAUAUGGCUUUUGAAGUGUGCGAAGGGGGGCCUUUCCAAAAAAAUGUCAUGAUUUACUGUAUAUCUUGUGUACAUGCCAAUCGCCACUCUCCCACACGCACACACACGCACACACACACACGCACACAUUUUUGUGACACAUGGAAUGGUGAUGGAAUGACAUAUAUUCAUUAGAUUUGUCAGUGUAAUCUGUUGAUGAGGAGAGUGAUGGCCAUGUGGUUUGAGUUUUCUUUUUUUCUCAGUGGUUGCGUUCAUGGCUGAUGAACAGCUAUAUUGUGUAUUAAGCUGAAAGUGCAAUGAAGUGUGUCUGUGCACAGACAAGGAGAGACUAUGCGCUUCUGGCCCACAGGGCCCUCUUCCCAUGCUGUCCUGACACAUUCUGCCCUGCGAAACCAAGGUGCAAGUAACUGCAUGAACAAUGGAAUGCCCUUUAUUUUGCCGUACUGCUCAGUGGAGCAUGUAUGUAGGUAUAUUGGUGAGGAUCAGGGCCAAUGGCAGCUUUGGCCGGGCCCAUCACAAAAUCAUCUGAAAGGGCCCCUUUCUCUCUUAUACUGUAUGUUCAGUACGUAUACAAUGUAAUGUGGACCCAAUUCUCCCCCACCCCCCCGUCCUGGAACAACUGACAUGUUUUCCCUCCCAUCUCUGCUGAGAAGUAAAACAUAACACCCAUUGCUGCAGUGAGUUAAUCAUGUCACAGUGAUCAAGACAUGUGAAGUUUGCAAUGGUGUCUGGCUCUGAUUACAUCUAGAUAAAGCCAGUGCUACAAGAGCUAUGGAGCUUGGACCCCUAGCCCAUGUACAAAUUUGUACAAUUCAAAAAAAAAAGACAAGUUUAUGAAUGGGCAACAUCAAGUUUGAUUAUAAACACCUGAAAUUCUUAAAUAGACUGGACCUUUUAAUGUAGUUGGAUUUCGUCAGAAGACAAAGGAGCUAAUCCAAGAAAAUUCCCAGUGGAAACUCGAUUUGACCGAAAGUGCUGUUACUGUCCGUUGGUUCUGAAAGGCAGCUUUGUCAUAUGGUUUUGAGUAGAAUGCGUCCAUUUUGUUUCCAGGAACAGUCCUUUUGGUGGGAUGUCCUGCUGUUGUGUCCAAGCAUAUCAGAAGAUUUUUUUUUUUUUACAGGUUUUUUUCUUUUCUUUUUCGACUUUAUUGAUGACAGGAUAGUAUGAGAUACGGACAGGAAGCGAAUGGGGAGGGGUUGGCAAAUGACCCGGGCCGGAUGGUAGACGAGUGCCCUACCAGUUGGCCAUGGCAGGGCCUUGUUUUUGCUUUCCAAGUGACACUGUUUUUUUUCAGCAUACUCUGUUUUUUCAGCAUACUCUGUGCUUUGUUUUUUGUUUUUUUGGGGGGUUGAAAAAAUGCUUGCAAGUUAGGCACAG